AAUUGGAUGCAGAAUUAAAAAGAAGUGAUGGAUUGAAUGAAAAAUGUAAACUAUGUGAAGAUAAUAUUGCAAGUGAAAAAGAAAAUGGACCAGAACUAAUUAAUUUAUGUAAAAAAAUUUGUAGAAUUAUACUAAAUGUACCUGAAAUUUUAGAUAAAUGUAAAGCAUCUGAUGAUAAUAAAAAAUGCCAAUAUAUGAGCCAUUGGUUAUAUGAUAAAGUUAUAAGUUUUACUAAUGGUACACACCAAUUUCUUAAUUUAUACGUAGUUCUAUCUAUGUAUAGUGUUUUCAAUAAAGAAAAAUUUAAGAAUUGUACACUCGAGAAUUUUAACGUAGAUAAAGAAACAUUUAAUAGAAAACAUAUUUUAUAUGAAUUUCUAGAAAGUUAUGAUGAUAUGAAAAAAAAAAUUGAUAGUCAAAGUGAACUGUAUACUGCAUUAUAUUGCAAACUUAUUAAAGAAAAUUUUCUUUUUUAUAAUGAAGUUAAGGACAAAUGUACCAGUCAAGCUACUUGUGGUUAUUUUGAACAAUUAAAAAGGUUUAAGGGGAAAUUUUCCCAAAAAGGCGAGUUAAAUUAUAUAUAUCAAAAAUGUAAGUACAAAGAGACAACAUGUAAAGAUCCAUAUAAUAUUAUAAAUGUACUACUCAAUGUUGCAAUCAUAUCGGUUCCAACAUUGGCAAUAUUUUUAAUUAUGUUUAAGUUUACUCCCUUUGGAGGAAAAUUGAAUAGAAUAAAUGCAAAACGAAGAAAAACUGGAAGCAAAAAGAAAGAAGAAAACAUUGAAGAUUACAUGAAUAAUUAUGCUGCAUAUGUGGAUAACAUAAUGAAAAACAGGGUUAACGUAGCUUAUCAUGCUUCAUAA